AUGAUGCGAGGCGAGAUCCCUUCCAGGCACCGCCAGGCAUUUGCUGAGCGACGACUUGCAAAGAACCCGAGUCUCCAACGCAAGUUAGAACAGAUGGCUCUACCACUGGCACCUCUAGUCCAACUCACGACAGGCGCUGUCCAUCCUUCAUUUCCCACUACUGUCCUCAACUUCUGGCUACUCACCGAUGAGCAGCUCGAGUCUCUCGCCCAUUUCUACCAUCAGAGGACACCCAGCCCCUGGACGAGCCAGUAUCCCUGCCCUAUCGAAUGGCACUCCAAUUUAACUCUUGAGGAGAAGCGACGCAAGAUAGGCAAGUUCAUUGGCCUUCGAGGUUGCGAAUCGCCCAUCCUACUCAAGACCGAAGAGGACAUUUGGCGACGCAAGCACUUUUACUGA